AUGAAGUUGGCUGUUCUGCUGGUCGCUCUCGCGCCAGUAGCGACUACAGCUGCCCAGCAGAAGUCUGCCGAUGACUGGAUCACCACCAUCUGGGAUGACUUCAAAAAUGCGGUAGACUGCUUCAGCUGCCAGGCCCUCCUCGGCGGUCUCAAGCUUGUCUCCGGUCUUGGUGAAUCCUUUAUGGAGGAUGUUAUAACCGGUGUCUGCUCCAUCAGUGGUGCCGAAGACAGCGAUGUGUGCGCUGGCGUGAUUGCCAACGAAGGUCCCGCUGUAUAUUACUCGCUGAAGAACCUGAAGCCGGGCUCCCACACAGCCAAAACAUUCUGCGCAAGCUUGGUCGGUCUAUGCGAAUUUCCCAAAAAGGAUCUAACUACGAGUGCUCGAAACCUAUCUGCUGCCGUGCAUACACGGAGAAAGACGCCCCCCGGAAACACCACUUCUCCAUGCGGACCCUGGGGAAAUUCCAAGUGCGACCCGCCGCAUCGCCUACAAGAGAGCAUGAUGGCCGCCAUUGCAGAUAUCAAUCCCGCCUUCUCAAUAUACACUGGAGAUGUAGUAGCCCACGAUGUCUGGCUCGUCAACAAAACAGAAGUACUCCAAGACUUGAACGCGACCUACAGCUCCAUGGAAAAUAACCUCGGACUUGUCUAUGCCGCUCUUGGUAACCAUGACGCUGCACCUCUCAACCUCUUUCCAUCCGACAAAAUCCCAAGCAAAUAUAACCCGCAAUGGGCCUAUGAUGCCCUCGCCGAAGACUGGCUCACCCUGACUGGCAUUUCCUCCGUGCAAAAGGCCAGCGAAUAUGGUUCUUACUCCGCCGUGCACCCAGACAGCAAACUGCGAAUAAUCUCCUAUAACAGCAUCUUCUACUACAAAUACAACUUCUUCUCUUACACUGAGCCCAUGGAAUUCGACCCAAAUAACCAGCUAGACUGGCUCAUCAAGCAGCUACAGGAAGCCGAAGACGCGAAGCAGCGCGUCUGGCUUAUAUCACACAUUCCAACUGGUAACUCGGACCAUUUCCGCGACCACUCCCACUACUUCGACCAGAUUAUUCAGCGGUACGAUGCGACAAUUGCCGCGCUAUUCUUUGGACACACCCAUACAGAUGAGUUUCAGGUGUCGUACUCCAAUUACAUGGAUCGAAGUUGGGACACCGCGACGGCAAUGGGCUAUGUCGCGCCUUCGAUGACACCUACCUCCGGCCCUCCUUCAUUCCGGGUCUACGAAAUCGACCCCGUUACCUUUGGCGUCAUGGAUUUCACGCAGUAUAUUGCCAACAUCACUGAUCCUUCACUCCAGACGGAACCUGAAUGGAAACCUUACUACUCUGCCAAAGCAGACUACGGAUCAAAGCUUUCACCAGCCGUGAAGGACGCCAGCAUCGAGCUCACGCCAGCAUUUUGGCAUAAUGUCACUGUGGCUAUGGAAAAAGAUACUACUGUCUUUCAAGACUUUUGGAGUCGACGAACUCGUGGGUUUAACGUCCCGGAUUGUACUGGCGAUUGCAUCACGAAUGAGAUAUGUGCUCUUCGCGGUGCAGACGCCCAGUACUCCUGUUAUAAACAGGCGCCUGGUUUUAGCUUUGAGAAACGGGAUGGAUCGGGCAUUUCGCAUCUUUCGGAGGAAAGUUUCCAGCAGCCGGAGUGUAAUCAUGCAGGAAUGGCGCCUCUCUUCGCGAAGAUUUCGCAUCGGGCGAAGCUUGCAAGGGAGAAGGGGGAGUAG